AUGGAGGGUUCAAAAGAGACGGGCUCCCAAUCUCCAAAAGAACCCAUUCUUUGUGUCAACAACUGUGGCUUUUUUGGCACUGCAAAGACUAUGAACAUGUGCUCCAAGUGCUACAAAGACAUGAUACUCAAUCAUGGGCUUGAAAAUAUUGUGCACGGUGGCUCUGGCAGUACCCACAAGGAAGCUGCAGUUGGUGACACCAUUAAUUUGCAAGCCGGAGAUGUGGAGUCAAAAAUUUCUACCAAUUUAGCACCGGGUGACUCAUCAUCGUCAUACCAGGAUUCAGAGGUGAAAGUGAAAGUGGGACCAAAUAGGUGCUGCAGUUGUCGGAAACGUGUUGGCUUAACAGGUUUCAAUUGCAGGUGUGGAAACUUGUACUGUGCAGAUCAUCGCUACCCUGACAAGCAUGAGUGCUCAUUUGAUUAUCGGGCUGCUGGAAAGGAUGCUAUCAGGAAAGCCAACCCGGUGGUCAAGAGAGAAAAGCUUGACAAGAUCUAG